UGUGAUUUGUCUGCACACACACGAUCUUUGGCCGCGCCCAACCUUCCCGCGCACGUUUUAAACGUCAUUCCAAAAAACAGUCGGGGACGUUUCUCGAUUCAACACCCGCCGUUUAAGUGUUCAGAAGUUUGUUUCAUUCGUUGCUUUAAUGAACUUCGCUAAAAGUCUUAUUUGCUAACAGCUAGCUCGGUCGGUGUAAAAAAGAAAACGAGACACUUUCGCCUCUAGUUAACGUCGCACAAAUUGACGUCACCGACGCGCCAUGCGUGACAGCCAGCCGAGCGCCGAAGCCAAAAGUCUUUGAAUUUGGAGUUCUUUGCGAUGCAAAACAAACUCAAGCGGAGCAAGAAAUGUAAAAACGUUUUGUGCCCGAGCAAAGAAGUGAUAACGUUAGUGUUGGCAGAGUCCAGCUGCUGCCACGAUGAAACAUCACCAGAAAGAGAUUCAGCAAAAGACACGCAUGUCGCUGCUGCUGCUGCAGGCAUCUCCACCAGAAAAGUUACACCACUUAAGGAGCAGAGAACGACCUUUUGCACAAAACACGUUAAAAUUGCGCCAAUUUUCUUCCGUAAAACGCAGCACGGCAAAAGUAAACGGAGCAGCGACGGGAAGCCGGGUCGGCCCGUGGAGAAGCUGCAGAAAUCGGUGCUCCCUCUCCAGAUUCCAGAUGUGCAGCUGGUGACAGGUGGGCAGCGUUUAUCAACAGUUCCUCCGCUGACGGAGAGAAAGAGGUCCCGGAGAGGACAGCUGUCACCCUCGGCUCUGCACAGCUGUCUGGAGGAAAUCCAAACAUCCAACCCAGCAUUCCCAGUCAGAGCAGUGUUCAGCACUCUGCAGAGGAAAGCGUGCGAAAGGCCGCAGGACUCUGGAUCCACAGCAGAAAGUAUAAGCUCCCCACAGAACAUCUUACAAGAGAAGAGGAAACGAGGAAACGAAAGCUCUGAGAGGGUGCCCAAACGUCUGAGGUGUAGUCUCCCUGCAGAGGAAGCCUUUGACGGGCGUCAACGCCUCACGUCGGCCGUCCAGGAGAGCACCGUCCCGGUGAACAAGCAGCCCAGAGGCAACAAGCUCAGUCGCCCCCACAGACUGAGGCGGCAGAGGGUGAGCCCAGCAGGCCCGGAGCCGUACUCUGGAGGGAUGGAUCACGCAGGAUCUCACAGCCACUCGCUCAAAACCUCUGGCAUCCCCCAAAGAGAUUCCAGUUUCGAGGACGUCCUCUGGACAGACAAGUACAGUCCUCAGCAUUCAAGCGAAGUCAUCGGCAACUCUGCCUCUGUGAAUAAACUGCAAAUUUGGUUGAAGAAAUGGAAACUAAGAGCCGACUGUGACGAGAGGAGAAAAAUGGACGAGAGGAAACAAGAAGAAAACAGCAGCAGCAACUCGUGGGACUAUGGAGACUUCCAGGGUGAGGCUGGGCCAGAGGACGACAGAGAGGCGCCGCUGUGCAACACCACGCUGAUCACGGGACCUCCAGGUGUGGGCAAGACCGCCUCAGUGUACGCCUGCGCCCAGGAGCUUGGCUUCAAGGUAUUUGAGGUGAACUGCUCCUCGCAGCGCAGUGGCCGCCAUGUUCUGUCCCAGCUGAAGGAAGCGACCCAGUCCCACCUAGUGGAGAUGUCGGGGAAAGACCCACUGAAACCAACAUACUUCAACAACUACGCCAUCAACAGCUGCACUCCUAAAUCUGAGACUUUACCUGGAAAAGCGGUGCGUCCCAAAAAUGUCCCCUCCACCUCAAAAAGCAGAGCGGCACGGAAGUUUGGCCCCUCUCGUCUCCAGGGAAAAACCAAUCCAGCCACCGUCACGUUGGCCAACUACUUCAAGAGGAAGGCCAAAGCGGAUCACGUUCACUUCGGCGGUCCGUCGCCGUCUGAAAAACCAGACGGCGAGAGAUCCGGCGACCCAUCGGCGGACUCCGAUCAACUGGCGCCAAAGAACAAAAAGACGGCCACGUCACUCAUUCUGUUUGAAGAGGUCGAUGUCAUAUUUGAUGAUGACGUUGGUUUCCUCGCAGCCAUCAAGACUUUCAUGACGACCACUAAAAGACCGGUCAUUUUGACCACCAGUGAUCCUUCAUUCAGAGAGAGAUUCAACUGCAGCUUGGAGGAGAUCCUUUUCAAAACCCCAUCGGUGGUGAACGUCUGUAGUUACCUGCAGCUGGUGGGUUUGGCUGAGAACGUGAGACUGGAGUUGGACGACGUCCGUGGCCUCCUCGGGCUGUCCAGGGGGGACGCCAGGCGCUGCCUGCUGCAGCUGCAGCUCUGGGUGCGCGGUGGCGGAGGACGGGCGUCUCGGAGCGGAGGCUCGCCUGAGAGAGGAGACGGUGAAGACACCCGACAUCCUCAUCGUGACACAGGCUGCACUGCUAGCAUGCUGGGUCUCCAUCAUGUGACCCAACACCAACUGUUGAACCUACUAAAGCGUCAGUUCUGGUCUGAAAUAGACAUGAACAAGCUCCUGGAGCUCCUAGCGGAGAGCUGGAGAGGAGGCGUUCCUCUUCUGUACUCCAACCUGGAGCUUCUUCUACCCAUCGGGGCCAGGGGGACCUCUGACCACGACCCUCGCAUCAGGCAGCUGGACACAAAUGUUAACAGAAAGGCACCAGCCACCAACGGCACAUCUGUUAAGAACGCAUCUAGACUCAGCAGAAGGAAACAUAUCCCAGCGACGCUCGACGCCUCAUCGUCUUCCAGUUCGACGCAACAUCCUCAAAGAGCAUCAUCAUCACCGAAGGGGCCCGCUAGCUCGAGAGACGAGACGGAAGAAAGUGCAACCAAAGCGGCGACCGACUGUUUGGAGGCCUUGGCGGACUUCUUUGACCUCAUGUCAUACCUAGAUUCCACAACGCCAGCCGCUGCAUGCCGACCUGAGGCGUUUGUCUGGACAGGAGCUGAGAUGAAGGACGGCUUGUUGGAUGAGGUGAGCGAGGACCAGGAGUUGGGCGGGGUUUGGAACCGGGCGAGGCUGUCAGAUGUUCAGGCUGCGGUUGAGGGAUUGGGGUGUCACGGGUGCUGUCGGCGAAUGUCGGAGGCGUUUACCGAAGCUCGAAAACACAGACAGGAACUGGGAGACACAAGGUGGGGGAGGCUGACAGAGGGACUGGUGUUACCUGCCUCUUCAAAAAGACAGAGCCUCACCUUUAGUGCUCAUCCACCAUGCGCACCAAGUGUGUCCAAAAGGAGGUAUAAGCUGAGCAGGACGAUUCUUGGCAGCGCGUCCUUCAGCCUGCUGGGGAACAGACGAGCGGUCGGUGUCGACUACAUGCCGGUCCUCCGCCACAUCUGUCGCUUACAGAGAGCGCAGGAACAGAAAGAGGAGCCAGUCAGGUGUCUGAACUACCUCAGCUGCACACACCUGGGCCUCUCAAAGUCAACUAUUCAACUCCUGGUAGAAGAGUUCUCAUAGAGAGCCUCACAUACCUCACCUUUAAUGUGCAUUUAUUUAACCUGAAUACUAUCUCCACCUAAAUACUGUCAAAUGAAUUGAAUGCAGAUGAGAUGAGAUAUUGUGUAUGUAUUUACAGUUUUGUCAUGGAAAGUAAAAUAAAACAAUAUAUUUUUGCAAAUGUCAACCAUUUUUUUUAAAGAAUGUAAAGCACUUUGAUUGGUGUACUGAGACCAUUGCAGUGUGUUUCAUGACUUUUAAUACAAACGAACGGAGUGAAACAGACACAGCAUUUACUUUAUGGAAGUGUCCAAAUCAAACAUGUAACGGUAAGAAUAUUCAAGACUUGACUGUACUAAAUGCACCAUGAAUCACCACCAAAUCUGUUCCAAGAGGUAAAUGUUUGGUUUAAGUCCAGAAGGGCUCAGAGUGCCACCCGGGAUGUUUGUUUUAGUGGCCGUAGUGCUCGGUUAGAGAUUGGUCCACGUGGUGGCUAACUGGAGGAUUCGCCGAGUAGCUCGUAAAAAGCCACAGCCUGAAGCAGAGCGUCACAGAGUUCCUCCCCUCCUCUUCUGCUGCCCAUCUGGAAGGAAUUCCUGUGCUUCACCAGCAGCUCUGGGGGGAAGUUUAUCCUGGGAAGCGUCUGUGUCACCGACUCGGUCAUCAGCUGUCGCACCGUCUGAGCACCACUGGUCCGCGACUCGCCCACCAUGAGUCCGAAGUGACGUCCCACAGCAGGACGCAUCAUGUUCAAAACUCUGAAGGAAGGAGAAGGUCAUUUGAUGAACCGUCACAGACUUCAAACAGUUGCCACAAAAAUGUGUGUGUAUGUACAAUAUUUGUGUCUUUCAUAUUUAAAAAAGUCAUUAAUAUGAAAUUCCUUUCUCCCCCACCUUGGAGGAAUGUUGGACUCGGGUGGUAAGUUUCUGGGCUCAAGCAGAGCGAACAGCAUGGCCUCCACGGUCCUCAUGUGGGCCAUGAUGGGGAACAGGGCCGUGUUCUGGACCGAGAUGGAGGAUUUCUCUAUUAUGUAGAAGUCAGCCGACGGGAGGAGAGCCACAGCUGCAGAAACCUAAUGGAAGAAAAGAAAAAGGACAAAUUGUGCAGUGGUAUAUGGGCUUAUAUUCAUUUAGUUCCACAUUGAUGUUAAUAACAGUCAAAACAAAUGGACAAUAGGUGUUGAUAUUGAAAUAACUUCAAUAACAUGAAUAUUUGGUAUUUAUACUCACAUCAUUCAAGUAAGCAGAAGCCAUGUAUGUUCCCCUCAAGAAAUUUGGACAGUCCAGCUGUUGCCACUCCAGCACGGUCAUCCCACGGUCCACUUGAGCCCAGGCGAUUUUAUUAGUCCCACAUACUAGUGACACAAUAUUACUGGCGUCCUGAGUAAACAAACACAGAGGCAUGACAGGUGGUCAACUGGAAUGAAACAAAUGCUGG